CGGAAAGCCCCAAAGCCCCAGUUUCGUUUCUGGCGUGUCGGGGUAGCGGCAGGCGCGGCGAUGGCGGCGUUGGGUCGGUCGCAGUCCGAGCCGGGCCUGAUGGGGUUGGAGGAGGAGCUGACGUGCUCCAUCUGCCUCUGCCUCUUCAGCAGCCCGGUGACGGUGCCCUGCGGCCACAACUUCUGCGCCUCCUGCCUGAAACUUUCCUGGGCCGGGCUGUCGAGCAACUUCAGCUGCCCGCAGUGCCGGGCCACCUUCCCGAGCCGCCCGCAGCUGCAGAAGAACACGGUGCUGUGCCGGGUGGUGGAGCAGCUCCAGGGCCGCGCCGGGACCGAUGUCGCCGACGACCAGGAGGAGGAAGAGGAGGAGGAGGAGGAGGAGGAAGAGGCCCCCAUCUACUGCGACAGCUGCCUGCAGGCGCCCGCCGUGCAGACGUGCCUGACCUGCACCGCCUCGUUCUGCGCCGAGCACCUGCGGCCGCACAGGGACAGCCCGGCCUUCCGCGACCACCAGCUCUGCCCGCCGCUGCGCGACCUGCAGCAGCGCAAGUGCCCGCAGCACUACAAGCUCUUCGAGUUCUACUGCAGUCAGCACAGGAGCUGCAUCUGCUCCCUCUGCCUCCUGGGGCACAAGCUGUGUCACACCAGCCCCCUGCAGCAGGCCAAGGCCAACGCCGAGUCGGCGCUGAAGAAGAAACUCCUGGAGCUGCAUAAGCAGAGUGAGAGAGCUGCCCAGGCCAUGAACACUGUGAAAACAAACCAAAGCCUGACUGCUGAGGCAGCUUCCAGAAAGAAAGAUUUGAUGAGAAGUGAGUUGUUAGAAAUUAAAGCUUUAAUUGAAGAAAGAGAAACUGAGAUCCUGAAAGUAAUUGCAGAUGAAGAAAAAAGAGUUUCCAACAAGUUUGAUUAUGUUUAUGGUGUUCUGGAAAGUAAGAAGAAUGAAAUUCAGUCUCUCAGAGAUCAGAUUGAGAUGGCACUGACUGAAGUUGAUGACAUCCUUUUCUUGAAGAGAGCUGCAGCAUUUCAAGAGAAAAUAGUACGAGAGGCUUUUGUUCCUGCAAUUGAAAUGGACCAAAAUCUGAUACUUUCCAAUUACCAGUCUGCCAUUGCCCUUAAAGAAGCUGUGAAGCUUUCAAUUAGUCAGUAUAAGGAGAAAAAAACAGAAGCAAAAGUACCACCUGUGAAAAAUAAGACUCCUCCAGCAGCUUCUUCAAACAAAACCUGUGGUGGGAAAAAGACUGCGGGAGCACAGGAGAAAAAGAAACCUGUUAAAGCUGCACCGACCACGGGACCAGUAAAUGCUGCAUCUGCUGCUGCAACUAAAGAGCAACUUGACAGCUUUCUGAAGAAAUCCAGAGAGGAGCUUUUGCAGUAUGCUGCCAACGUCACGCUGGAUUUCAACACAGCCCAUAACAAAGUGGUUCUGUCUGAGAGAUAUACCAGGAUGUCUGUCUCAGACAUCUCCCAGAAUUAUAACUACCACCCUCAGCGCUUCACCGACUGCUCCCAAGUGCUGGGGUUCCAGUGCUUCAAGCGGGGCAUCCACUACUGGGAGGUGGAAAUGCAGCAGAACAACUUCUGUGCCAUCGGCAUCUGCUACGGCAGCAUGGUGCGGCAGGGCCCCGAGAGCCGCCUGGGCAGGAACGGCAGCUCCUGGUGCAUCGAGUGGUUUAACUCCAAGAUCUCAUCCUGGCACAACGACGUUGAGAAGUGCUUGCCCAAUGUGAAGGCUACCAAGGUUGGGGUGCUGCUCCACUGUGAGGGGGGCUUUGUGAUUUUCAUGGCUGUUGGGGAGAAGCAUAACCUGAUCUAUAAAUUCAAGGCGCAGUUCACCGAAGCCUUGUACCCUGCCUUCUGGUUAUUUUCCAGUGGCACUGUUCUCUCCCUCUGCCAAAUGAAACAGUAAGACCUCGUGUCUUAAUUUAGUUUACCUAAGUACUUACAUGCAGAUAACUGGCCCAAUAGCAACCCUUUGGAUGUCUUAGUCUAAGAAGUCUUAAAGGUGGUUUGAGACAAGAAUUAUUAGGUCUUUGAAGCAGUUUGGGAAAUGUGCUGAUUCCUUGCUCUAAUAGCUAAAGCCUUUAGUGAUUUAGUAAAAUGCUGAUGACAGUAAAAACUGCACUGAAAGGCUUUGCUAAGAUCUUGAUCAUCCUUUUAAAAGCAAAGGUAUGACACGAGCCUUUGUUAAAUGCCUCCAGUAGCUGCUGUGGUUUCUGUAGUUUGUGAUAAAGGAUGUGCAGAACUAAUUUUCAGGUCUAAAUAUGUUCCAGAGGUAGUAAUAACCCCUUUGAGAAAGAAACAGGAAGAGCUCCUUGACAAGUUCAGGCUAGAGGCUUUGAGGCAGGUCUCUGUUGCAUUUUCCACAUGCAGACUGUUGCCCAUCGUCAGGAUGUGCAAUACACUGUUCUCAGUGUAUGACUCCAUGAGAUGCUACAGAACAAACAGUAAGUUUGUUCUGUAAAGCAGCAAGUUCAGGUCUGAUGACACCAAGUUCUAAAAGCCAAAUCUCACCAGAAUGGAAAUGCAGAGGCUUGUAGAGUUGAUGGAUAAGAAACGAUGUCAGAAUCCCCAGGAAACAAAUGGCAUCGACUCAGAGAGUGGGGAUACACCAAAGAGUCUUCAGGAAGACAUCCUGCAGAGCAGCCCUGGCUGUCCUCUAAUCCUCUACACUUUGUGGGGUGAAGCCACAAAGAAUAUGCUUCACAUUUUCACAUUGGAGGCUUUUCAGUAGAGUGGGUUUUGUGUGCUGAGGAGUUCAGGGAGUGCAUUUUUGCCUUGCAUAAGGAGCUUAAAUGUGCUGCUCACUUAAAACAGGGUCUUCUGUCUGAAAGCUUUUCCUCUUUGUGAGGUGAGAUAGUCUCUACUGGUGUAUCUUUAGUUGUUCAGGUGGCAGAAACUAUAUUUCCUACAUGUUUUUGGGACUCUGGUGGAAUUCUGAGGGAGUGUACAUAGAAGAAGCUGUUUCCUCUCUUCAUGAAGCCUGUGGGCAGCCUGGUCAGUCUUUUGAAACAUACAGGGAAUUAGCACAAAGGAGAAUAUACAUUCAUUCCCUCUGGGAUGGAUUCUUAUUUCUCCUGGUGUUCUUUGCUUUGGGUUGUGGAAUGUAUUCAGAAGUCCUUUCCAGGUUCAAAGGAAUCUGUGCUUCUGCAUUCUUUCCUACAAGGGUAACACAGUCAGUAAGCAAUCAAGGUAUGUGGAUCUCAUGGUUUUGGGCAUGUAUCUUGAUGCCUGGGGACUUACUGUGCUAGCUCUUCUUCCUUGUAGCAGCCCAUGAAGAGCAGGGAAGCUCACACUGUCCAGACACUUCCUGCACUUUGGAUUGUGCAAGUCUCCCUUAUGGGUGUAGUAAAACACAGAGCAGCUGCUGGCAGUUUGGGAGGGAAUUAUUAGAAGGCUCAGAAGAACCUCUGUGACUACACUUCACAUUAGCCAAAGUGCUUUACAUAGAGACUUGCAGGAAUUCAGGCUUGGUGUCUCUGCUUUUACUUGAGCUGUGAACUCUUGUCAAGGAUAGCAUAAGUCUGAUAAGACGCUUCCAUUUCUUUGUUCAGGGUAGGAUGUGGAGUUGGUGAUGGAGCUAAAAGUGCCUUGGCUGUCUUUGGAGUAGUUGUACUAUUGCAAGGGUCUCAGCUUUCCAAAGCACAAGUCAGCACUAGAGCUACCAAACCAAGCAGAACACUCGAAAAGGUACAGAGGGAGGAUGUGUCCUGCUUGGAGCCAACAGUCAAGGCAAGAUUUGUUUCUGCACUUCCAGUUUUUCCAGCAGUGAGGGACCAGAGCCAUUUCCUCUGAGAAAUCCUGUCCUUCACCUGCUUGGCUGUGCCACAGGGCUGCAGAUCCACACAGCAGGUGCUGAAGGAGUACUCUGUCCCCUUGUUCAUAGGGAGAAAAGUGCUCUGGUGGUUUGUGCAGUGGAGAAAGUCCAUGCCAUGGAGAAAGGCAGCCUUCAACUGCCUUCUUCUUGACUUUCAAAAUGAGUGUUAAUAUUAAGCUCUGAGUCUAUGGGCUGCUUUAGCCAUAGCCUGUAGUGAUACUCAAGCAAAGGAAAGAAGAGUUCUUACUCCACUAUGUUGGAUUCAUUAAAUAUGACAUUGGUGUGUGACCAACAGUAUCCAAACACCUCUGGUCUUCUGGAUUACCACAGGCAGUGGAACAAGCCUUGCUGUAUUCCUCAUUUUUUGUGCUAUAAAUGACUAGCAAUGAUAGAAUGGGUUCCUGUUAAUCUGGAAUGAAAGGAGAAACUCUGAACUGAAUUGCUGCACUCUUGAAAACUGUUCUCUUGGUUAGCUUCAGGGGGCUGGGAUGCAUUGAAACAUCAGGGUGAUAGAACAGUUGGAUAAAAUAGUAGUUACAGCAUGAGAAAUGAUGAUUCAAAAGCCACUUCAACACAACUGAAGUGGUUUUACUCAGGCACUAACCAUCAAAGUUGUAAUGGUUUUUUAAUCAAAAUGUAGUUACAGGCAUUUAUUUUAAUUAUACUUCUCUUUUUAAUAAAGAGCCUAACUUGAGGUCUAUCUAGUCUAGAGAAGGAACUAAUUGUAGUGUUAAUGAAGCCAGGAGGAUGUGGAAUGAUUUGCAUAUUAAUGCAGAAAUGAGAGUAAAUGGAUAAACCACUGCAAAGUUACUAAUUUGUUUAAUCUUUUCUUCAAUGAAACACUUCAGCAAAAUACUGCAGUUAGAAAAAUACCUUCUAUGGCAAUUAUAAACCUGUUGAUUGUAGUGACCUAUCAGCCAUGUACUUCAGUGUGUAUGCUACAUGUUACUUCAGUAGAUGUGUCAGCUAGACAUCCUUGUCAGGGCAGCAGGCAUAAAGUUUAUGCUGUCUGGUUUAUGCCUGUGCCUGUAACAGUUUCAGAAGUUGACUGUUGAUCUUUUCAGCUAUAAAGCACAUUAAUCAUGGUCUUUUUAAUUCAAUAAAUACUCAUGGUAAACCCUAA